GUCAGUUAAUAAAAGAGGGCGGCCCCGGGGAAAAGAAGCAAAACGGAAUCAAAUUUCGACAAGCUGCCACGGCGCCAAAUAGGUUUCAAUCUGGACAUAUAGCUCACUGGACUGUAAGCUAAGCUAUGGCUGAUCGACAACGAGGAGUUCAAAUACACAGACCAAUCAUCUAUGGAUCUCAUGCGCGUCUGCUCACUGAUGCAGAGCGUGAACUGUCGACACAAGGUCAUACACACCGUUGGACAGUCUUUCUCACUUCUGCAGCUUCUCCACCGCCGAAAGCUGGUGUCGAAGAUGAUUUCCUUCCUGGAGGCGCCGACGAUCUGAGCUACUUGAUCAAGAAAGUCACGUUUAAAUUACACGAAACGUAUCCGAAUCCCUCACGAGUACUCGAUAAACCACCCUAUGUCGUCUCAGAGACUGGAUGGGGUGAAUUUGUCAUUCAAAUAAGAAUACAAUUCGUCAAUGAAGCUGCAGAGAAGCCGAUGAUUUUCCAACAUGGACUCAAAUUACAUCACUGGGGAAAGCCCAUUGAGGAUAUGACGACGACAGAGGGCUCGGUAAGCGUCGCAACAGGCGUGAUCAAUGGAUCAAGUACGCCGUCUGCUGCAGGUGGUGUCGUCACUGGCUCAGUUCCACCAUUGUCUGGUGCGGAAAAGAAGGAUGGGGAAGCAGACUCAGAAGUCAAAGCGGAGACAUCUACACCUAGACCAGACAUCGUCAUGGGAGAAGACGAGGACACAAAGGCGGAUCCAGAAACUUCGGCAGAAGCUAGCGGAUCUCAGCCUCCGCCUUCUGCUGCUGAAACACAUCACACGCGAGCUCAUACCCACGCUCAAGUCAUUGCGGAACAACGGGUGUCAGCAGCUGCCAAAUGGCCAGUCCUCGCCUGGCAAUAUGACGAGUUGGUCUUCUCCGAUCCACCUCUGGCUUUUUACAACUUGCUGAACGAGCAUCCACCGACAAAGCUACCUGCGAAGAAUAGGAGACCAAGAGAUCAGAGGGAACAAUUUGAGUCAAAGAAGAAGGCAAAGACAAAAAACGCAAUAGCAUCUAGCAGCCGGCAAGCGACCGUCGAGCCGGUUUCCACUCCAGCGACACAGGCCGUUGGGACACCAGCGGCCGAUGCUUCAGGGGCGAACGGUGCCGCUGCUCCAGCUCGUACGGAAAGGCAGCAGAGCUCUGCGGCGACACCGGCGCCGACAUCGGCAAUUGUGGGCAUACCUGGCGAAUUUGGGAGUGCAGAUGUUCCAUUAGAGUUCACAACGGAAAUGGAGAAGGCAGAGUGGAACAAGCUGCAUACAACACGGACGAAGAUCAUCGACGAGAUGGACAGGUGGCGGUCCAAACUUAUAGAGCACGAGAAGGAGCUAGCGAAGCUCAAAGAAGAAAUGACAUCCGCGGGCUGAAGGGAG